UUGACUAAAAACAAAACAAAAAUUACAAAUUUGUAUAAGAAAAUGCAUUUAAAAAAUGAUAAUGAAAUGAACUCGAAUGGAAAUCAUUUAUCAGCAGCAACGAGUUGUUCAUCAUCUACAGACUCUGGUGUAAUUAUUAUUGAUAACAAAACAACAUUUAAUAACAGCAACAGCAAUAGUAACAAUAACAACAAUAGCAAUGACAACGCUACAACAACAUUGACAACAAGCAAAAUUGCAAAAGAUAAUACAAAUGAGGAAGCGAAAAAAAACAUUGAUAAUGGGCUACACAUUGAAAACGAAAAAUCGAGCCCAAAAUUAUUAAAAAAUAAUCAAAAUAAAAGUGAUAAAUUUAAUGCAAAUAAAAAUAAUAAUUUAAGUAUAGAAAAUAUAAUAAACAUAACAAAAACGCCAUCUAGCGACGAUGUUGAGGCACAAAAGAAUUGGCAGACUAGGAGUAGUACCAGAAAUUGCAGUAGACCCAACUCAAAACAUUGCUCACCUGCAGUAUCUAUACGCAGUAUGUCGAUAUCGAUAGUUUCGAUCGAUGAGAAUGCCAUAGACUCAAGUAUUGUGGACUCAGACUCAGAGUGUGAAGCAGACGCUGAAGGAGUACACAGUAAUUAUAUAGUAAAAAAGCUAGGCCAACAAACAACAUUAGCACCAGAUAGUCCAGACUUGCCAAACAUAAAUAAAGGUCUAACAGUGAUCAGCCAAAGAAUAAAUCCAAAUGGAAAUUUAUCAGCUGGUGUUGGUCCAUUGGCUGAAAAUAUACUUAAUGGCAACCUACAACCACCAGGAUUGGGUGCAUUGACACCAGUUGCACCGCCACAAAUCGGUAGCAUUGCUUUGUCAAAUUCCACAGAUGUUACCUUUGGUGAUAAACACUUUUACGAGGGUCCAGUAACGAUACAACAGUUCCUUAUUGAUAAUCGCGAAAAGUGGAAACCAACCGAUGAGAAUGGGCAAGACAAUCCAGUAUUCGUAAACGAAAACAAUGCAAAGGAAAGAGACAACGGUAAGUGACUAUGUAUGUGUUAUGACUUA